AUGAGAAAUUUACAGCUUGGCGGACUGAAGAACAUUGAAGAUUUAAGGAAACAACCCUUCUAUAGGUUUCUCCAUCGUACUUACCUUCUACAUUCAAUUGCUCUUGGAGGUGUACUAUAUGUUGUGGGUGGAUUUCCCUUCUUGGUUUGGGGAGUGGGAGUGAGGACAACAUUUUUUCAUCACGCCACUUUCCUAGUAAAUUCAGUUGGCCACAUGUGGGGAAACAAAGCAUGGAACACCGGUGAUAUGUCGACGAACAAUUGGUGGCUGGCAAUUAUUAUGUUUGGAGAAGGCUGGCAUAAUAACCACCAUGCUUUUGAAUACUCAGCUCGACAUGGGCUGGAAUGGUGGCAAAUUGAUUUUACUUGGUACACAAUAAGAUUUCUUGAAGCUAUUGGACUGGCAACAGAUGUCAAGGUCCCGACUGAAAUUCAAAAGCAACGAAAAGCUACAAAUGGUAGAAUGAUGGCUACUCAAAAUUAGGCUUUGAUUAAGAUUAAUUCUGCU